CAAAUAAACAAAUUGCAAUAUUGAUAAAAACAUUUAAAUCUUUGGGUUAUAUGUUGUUCUCUUAUCUUAUUUUCAAAAUUGGUAUUUAGUCAUUUCUUUAAAAGUUCCAUGAGUGAACAAUCUUUUGGAGAACAUCCUUAAUUUGCACAACCCACUUCCGGUCAAAUCAUGUGAUUUACGCUAGUUUGUUGACAAUGUUUCUGACACCGGUUGCUUCUUAUAUUUUAUAUUACCUGUGCACACACAGUUAUGCUGAAGAAGUGACAUACCCUGUUGACAACACUUCAGGAUAUGGUAGACGAUUCGAUGGGAUAGGAGGCCUAAGUGGUGGAGGAGCAACAUCAGUGCUGUUACAAAACUAUCAAGAACAGCAGAGGAAUGAAAUCCUGGAUUAUUUAUUUAAGCCUAAUUUUGGAGCUAGUUUACAUCUCCUGAAGGUAGAGAUUGGUGGAGAUGCUCAAAGCACAGAAGGAACAGAGGCUUCACACAUGCACAACAGCUGGGAUGAAAAUUAUAACAGAGGAUAUGAGUGGUGGUUGAUGAAAGAAGCAAAAAAGAGAAAUCCCAAUAUUUUGUUAUAUGGAUUACCUUGGGCAUGGCCUGGAUGGAUAGGAAAUGGAACAAGAGAUCCAUAUACAGACAUAGAACUACCAGCUAAUUAUAUUCUCAAAUGGAUCCUUGGUGCAAAGAAGUAUCAUAAUUUAACUAUUGAUUUUAUUGGGAUUUGGAAUGAACAGGCAUAUGAUGUAAAAUAUAUUAAGCUAUUGAGGAAAGUCUUAGAUAACAACAGUUUACAACAUGUUAGGAUAGUAGCUGCUGAUGGAGGCUGGGGUAUUGUCAAUGAUAUCAACAAUGAUUCUGACCUUGCUAAAGCUAUUGACUUUAUAGGUGUUCACUACCCAGGCACAGAGUCUGUCAUGUCAGCUAUUCAGACAGGGAAACAGUUAUGGUCAUCUGAGGAUUACAGUACAUUUAAUGACAAUAUAGGAGGAGGAUGCUGGGCAAGGCUCCUGAAUCAGAAUUAUGUAAAUGGAAGAUUCACAGGAACUAUAUCGUGGAAUUUAAUUGCCAGUUACUAUGAUGCCCUUCCUUUUGCCCGUAAUGGUCUGAUGACAGCAAAUUCACCAUGGAGUGGAAGCUAUGUAGUCAACAGUCCAAUAUGGAUGUCAGCACAUACAACACAGUUUACAUUGCCUGGAUGGAAAUACCUGUCACAUGGUAGUGGUGUUGGUAAACUGAAAUAUGGAGGGAGUUAUGUCUCCUUGGUCAGUCCUGAUGGCAAAGAUCUUACAAUUGUCAUAGAAACCAUGAGUCAUGACCAUUCCAUUUGUAUCAGGCCACCACUUCCUGCUUAUACAGUGGCUCAACAGAACAUCACCAUAAAGCUUGGUGGCAGCUUUGCUAAAAAAACAGAAGUGACAGCAUGGUAUAGCCAGUUGAAAUUUGAUGGGAAGAAUGAUACAUUUAUGCAAAAGGUUGAUAUCAAGGUACCAAAUAGAUUGAUACAUCUGAGAUUAGAUGUAGAUCAAGUGGUUACCAUAACAACAAAAAAAGUUGGUCAGAAAGGAAGUUACCCUAAUCCACCACCCAGUAAACCAUUCCCUGUGCCUUAUAAAGAAGAUUUUGAAGCUUAUGAAGAAGUUUCCCAUCCGAAUAAUUUUGCUCAGCAAGUUGGUGUGUUUGAAGUGAGAAAGUCAGAGGAUACACAACAUGGAAACAUUCUUCAACAAGUAGUUCUACAUUCUCCUAUUCACUGGUGCCCUAAUAAUCUAGUGUUUCCUAUCAACUUAAUUGGGAACUUUAACUGGACAGACAUUUCUGUAUCAGUAGAUGUACAGAUUGGUAAAGAGAAUGGUACUGAUGGAGUAUUCCUGGCAGCCAGGGUGGAUAAGGGAGGAUGUCAGUCAUUUUAUGCCAAUGGUGUCUUCUUUUAUAUCUUUCCAGCUUCCAAGAUGUAUUACUUAACUUAUGACUUGUCAAGAACUCAGUUAGUUGCUAAAGGAUCAAUAUCAAACAUACAAGAUGGAUGGAAUAACCUUGAACUUAUUGUGGAGGGAUAUCAAUUAAGAGGAAGUGUAAAUGGACAGUUAACAUUUGAACACACAAUAGACAAAGCUCCUUUAAGUGGUUUUAUAGGUAUAGGAACAUCAUCCUAUGGUAUAGCUGACUUUGAUAACUUACAUAUCUUUGAUACAAAUAAAUCUACAGUUAUUUCAUAUGAAGAACAUAUUGAUGAAACAUUGUAUUUUGUACCAAGGCAUAAACCAUAAAAAUACAGCUAAUUAAUGUAAGAUUGUUUUAUUGAUGCAGGGUUUGACAAAAAAAUACCUGCUGUAAUGGGAGACAACUCUUUGGGAAAUAUAGUGUGAUUUUUUAGUCGGAGAGUUGGUGCAUUUUAUUUGAAUAGGGACCUUUUAUACAGUAUUUACUAUUGGUGCAUUCAUAUUAAGUAAAAAUUAUGUUCAUUUAUUUGUAAAGUUUUCCUGUUGUUGCUUUGUACAUUCGACACCUUCUGGAUUUUAAGUCUGUUAUCUUUUUUUAUCCAAAUUAUGUUUGGAGUUUCCCAUUGCAAAGCAUGAACUUAUCUGCAAAAAGGAGUAGGUAUUACCCCUCCUUAAUUGGGUUUGAAUGAAACUUUUACAGAAUCUUUUGUAUAUGAAUAAAUGUCAUUGUAGAUUAGAUUUUGAUCUGAAUUUUCCAUACAUAUUGGUAGAACAGGGUCAGAGUUCAAGCUCUAGUUUUUUUUCUAAUUUUGUAUUUAAAUAGAUAUUGCUCAUUAGUCAGUUACAAAAACAGUUUAGCAUGAAAAAGUAUCCUCAAAUUCUUUUUGAAAGAUCUUAAGACUGCUCUAGAAAUUUUACUGAGAUGUUUUUUAUAUGUAGUUUAAUGAGAUUCAAAAAACAGGUACCAUGUAUAUAAAGGAGAAUAAGUGAACAAAAUGGUUGAUUUACUGACUGUUUUCAUUUGAAAUUUGUUUCAUAAAAUAUUGUAAACAUAGAAGACUAUUCCAUAAAUGUUUCUUCACAAGAUAUCAAUUGGUCCAUAAAAACAGAUGCAAUGUAUUUUGUGUAAAUGCAUUUAUUUUCUAUACAUUUUUUGUUUACAUUCCAUAAUGCUCAUUUAGGAUGUGAUAAAAAAUUAAUAUUAGAUAUUUUAUACUUUUUUAUACUCUAUUAUGUAAGAGUUGAUUAAUUGAUGUUCAGGUUGAAUGUUUACUGUGUUGAAAAUAUUUUUUUGUUUGUUUGUAAGUUGAUGAUUGUAAUAUAUAUUUUAUAAUCAGUGGGAAUUUUCAGUCUACCUGGUGUAGGCAUACUAUUAUAUUAAAGUAGUGCCUUAGAUAAGCUUUCUUUUAAAUAGAUUCAAAAACUAAAAUUUAAAUGUAAUUUAUAAUUUUUCUGCUUUUAUAUGCAGGAAUUUGUUUUACAUGAUUUUGAAGAAAAAAAAGUUAUGAAUGAAAUAUGCAUAGGCCAUAGUUGAUUUUGUGUGAAUGGUGGACAUGUUUUGCCAUUUUAGAAGGAUAAAGUUUGUAUGUUUAACCUACCAUUUGUAAUGCAUUUUAAGUAUGGAUGAAACAUUGCUUAAUAAUAAUUGCAUACAAGUGAAUGAUGUUUUAUAUAAAAUAAUUGAAAAAUC